AUGAAGGAUACUUAUACUUGUGCUGCUUUCAGUAUUGAGUUUGUGCGUAUAGAGUUACUUAUGACAUUUGACGUGCCUCUGUCUUGUUGUUGCACUUGGGGUUGGCAUAAAUUGCUGUUAUUAAGUGAUCAGGUGCGUUCCUUCAUUUGGUCACAAGUUGGUAACGGCCAAUUAAUUUCAGCAUGGUUUGAUAAAUGGGCUCCUCAAUGCCCGCUUAUCAAUUUUAUCACACCUCGUGAUAUUCGUGAUGCUGGAUUCUCUUUGUCGAUGCGUUUAUCUGAUAUAUGGAAUAAUGGUAAUUGGUUGUGGCCAACUGCCUGGUAUGAUUUGUAUCCGGUGUUAAUUAAUCUUCCGAUUCUGAAUUUUAAUAAUGAGCGUGAUAAGCUGGUUUGGAAGGACAAUAAUGAUACUAUUAUGCUGUUUUCAACGUGGGGAGUAUGGAACACAAUUAGAUAUCGUGAGCAACCUGUUUCAUGGCAUUCUAUCGUGUGGUUUUCACAAUGUAUACCUCGACACUCAUUCUUUAUGUGGCUCAUACUCAGGAAGAAGUUAAAGACUGAAGAUUUAAUGAUGAAGUGGGGUGUCGGGGUUUGGAAUGGGGUUAGGUCAUUAGCUGGCAUGGCUGAUGUUUCUGGAAAAAUGGAUGAUAUUAUGGAUUGGCUUUUGGUUCGUGCUAAAUCAAGAUCGGUCAGAAAUAUCCUUGGAAGACUUGUAGUUGCAGCAACAGCGUAUUAUGUGUGGCAGGAACGGAAUGCUCAUUUAUUUACCAAGGAUACUAGGAAUGUGGCUGCUAUUCAGAAGAUUAUUAAGUCGACAGUUAGAUGGAGACUUGCUUCUUUGAAAUUCAAGAAUACGCCUAAUGUCGUGAGGUUGCUGGAAGCAUGGGACAUACCUUGGAAUAUUGAUCUCCAAAGUGAUGUAGUUUAA